AUGAAGGAGAAUAAAAGAAAAUGUUUUAAGUGUGAUUUAUCGCCUGUCGAUGACCCCGAAACGAGAUUAUUUAGGUUUCCAAAACCUGGUUCCACAAAUAUCCUCCGUUGUGAAUUGUGGGCAAAAUAUUUCUGUCCGGACAAACCAUGGUCAAACAAAGAUUUUCAGAUGAAGUUAUACACAGAACACAGAAUGCUAUGUCAUAGGCAUUUUAAUGAAACAGCAUUUGUGGACUUUCCAUCCAAAAAGUUGAGACGGUUUGCUUCACCAGAUGUGAAGGAAAUAACUAUGUCAUUUCUACGAGAUGAUAAUAUUAGAGAACCCGUAGUUGGACCAUCACAGCCUCUUGUGGACAUAUCUAAUAGAUAUCUCACAACAGGUGACCUCCUAGGACCCUCUGGAGUCAAUAACAUAAAUCCAGUGGAAAAUAAAAUUUUUAUAAAAUGCAAGAAGUACUUGCAUAAAGUUUGCCUUAUGAAAAAGCAAUUGAAGCACUUGAAAAACUCGAAAUAUCUGAAAAAAUUAAGCACCAGUGAUGCCGUGAAAAAACUUACAGAUAAAAUAAGCCCAAAUUUUGCUUUAUUAUUGCAAGCACAAAUUAGAAAUUUUAAAAAGAGUGCUAAGGGACGUAGAUGGACAGAAGAAGAUAAAAUUACUGCUUUAAGACUGUAUAAAAGGUCUCCCACUUGCUACAGGCUACUAAGGCGAAUGUUUACUCUUCCAGCUCCAACAAAUUUAAAAGUUUUGUUGGGAAAAUGUAAACUUAAUGUUGGCAUCAACAAACAGAUGUUUGAAAUUGUUGGGAAGUUUUGUUCAACUCAAGAAGCUGUUAAUAAUGAAUAUGUAUUAAUGUUUGAUGAAAUAGCUUUAAAAAAACAUUUGCAAUAUAAUAAUAAAAAUGCUAUCUUUUUAGAAGGGUAUCAAGACCAUGGUGGACAAAGUAGAACUGCACAAGUGGUGUCUAAUGCACUCGUAUUUAUGAUUGCUGGGAUUCGAAAAAAAAUUAAGCAACCCAUGGCUUAUUAUUUAUCAGGUUCCUCAGUCACUGCAGAUAGAUUAGCAGUCUUAAUAAAAGAGGUGCUUGAACAAUGUCAUGAACAUGGCAUUAAUAUAGCGGCCAGUGUGUGUGACAUGGUUGGAGUUAAUAGAAGGGCUUUAUGCAGUUUAGGGGCAACUGCUACCUUUGGUGGAAUCCAGGGAACAGGUGUAGCCAAAUGGAGUCAUAUUGUAAAAUUUUAUGAAUCUGACAACUCAAAUCCAAACUUCGUGUUUGCACCCUGUCUUAGACAGGAACAUUUAAAUCCGAAUACGAAACAAAAAAUGAGAGUAAAACUAGCUGUUCAAUUGCUGAGCCACACUGUUGCUGCGGGCAUGUUUGCCAAAAUAUCA